CCAAAAGCGCAAGUUUCCUCUCUCAAUUAUUCUCGGAUCCGAAGCAGAAGAGAGCUCCUCACUCUACCAUUGAGCUAAAAAGGUCUUAGAAUUUUACGAUUCCUGAUUAAUUUUAAAUUUUUAAUCGGCGACCCUUAUUUCGAUCAUUAAUUCAGAUCGAUCCAACUCAAUUCGCUGAACUGCGGAAAAAAUCGGGAAAAGAAAAGCUUAUUUUAAGAAAAAAUGGUGUCGGCAAAUAGUGAAAUGGCAGUUUACUGCUUUGACACGCUGGUGGCUCACUACAACAGCGAACAAGCUCCUCAUCCUGCCUUCGAUGAGGGUCAACACCCAUUAUUUGUGACCUGGAAGAAAGUGGUGAAUGGAGGGGAGCCUCGUUUACGUGGAUGCAUUGGGACACUUGAAGCUCACUGCAUCAUCAGUGGUUUUAGGGACUAUGCUCUAACAAGUGCCCUUAGGGAUCGUCGAUUUCCCCCAAUACAAGCUAAAGAAUUGCCUUACUUGCAAUGUACAGUUUCCAUUCUGACAAAUUAUGAGACUGCUCGAGACUACCUUGACUGGGAGGUUGGAAAGCAUGGAAUGAUUAUUGAAUUUACUGAUCCUGACCAUAAUGCUAGGCGAAGUGCCACGUACCUGCCUGAGGUGGCUGCUCAUGAAGGCUGGACAAAGAUAGAAGCAAUUGACUCAUUGAUUAGGAAGGCAGGUUGCAACAGCACCAUCACCGAGUCACUGCGGAAGCGUAUUCGACUUACCCGUUACGAAAGCACCUUAUUUACCAUGCACUUCAGUGAGUAUGUUGCCUAUGUCAAGGCAGCUAGAGGUGCUGCUCCAACUAUUAAUGGGGCAAAACCACAAUAGUUUUUUCUUUACCUUUCAUUUAAGCCACAAAACUUACAUGUGGGAAGGUACUUAAUUUAAACUGAAUUAUGGUUGGACCGUAUUCUGAUUGUUCCAAAUCCAGAAAUUGUUAUGCAUAUGCUAUAACUAUUUCUUCAAAUACAUUUGAUUUUGAAGAAAACAUAAAAGAAAACUGAAGUUGAACUCAGUGAACCUUCUAUAGCUCAUCCGGGAAAGAGUUGCAGUGUUGUAAACUUAUCCCUUUUCAUAUAA